AUGCUUCCUGAAAGCAUUUCAUUUUUGAAGGGUGUAAUGCUCGGAAGCAUUUGCUGUGCCUUGAUCACUGUGCUAGGACACAUGAGGAUUGGUCAUGGAAAUAGACUGCACCGCCACGAGCACCAUCACCUACAAGCUCCCAAUAAAGAACAGAUCUUGAAAAUUUCAGGGGAUGAACGCAUGGAGCUCGGGAAGAGCUUUCGGGUAUACUGUCUCAUCCUUGUAAAACCCAAAGAUGUGAGUCUCUGGGCUGCAGUGAAAGAGACGUGGACCAAACACUGCGACAAAGCAGAGUUCUUCAGUUCUGAAAAUGUGUCGGUGUUUGAGUCAAUUAACAUGGAAACAAACGACAUGUGGUUGAUGAUGAGAAAAGCUUACAAAUACGCCUUUGAUAAAUAUAGAGAGCAAUACCACUGGUUCUUCCUUGCACGCCCUGCAACGUUUGCUAUUAUUGAAAACUUAAAGUACUUUUUGUUAAAAAAGGAUCCAUCACAGCCUUUCUAUCUCGGCCACACUGUGAAACCUGGAGACCUCGAAUAUGUGAGUGUGGAAGGAGGAAUUGUCUUAAGCAGAGAAUCAAUGAAAAGACUUCACAGGCUUCUCGAUAUUCCUGAAAAGUGUCCCGAACAGGGAGGGAUGAUUUGGAAGAUAGCUGAAGAUAAGCAGCUAGCCGUCUGCCUGAAAUAUGCCGGUGUGUUUGCAGAAAAUGCAGAAGACGCUGAAGGAAAAGAUGUAUUUAAUACCAAAGCUGUUGGGCUUUUUAUCAAAGAGGCAAUGACCAAUCAUCCCAACCAGGUGGUCGAAGGGUGUUGUUCAGAUAUGGCUGUUACUUUCUACGGACUGACGCCUAAUCAGAUGCAUGUGAUGAUGUAUGGGGUAUACCGUCUUAGGGCAUUUGGGCAUAUUUUCAAUGAUGCAUUGAUUUUCCUGCCUCCAAAUGGUUCUGACAAUGACUAA